CAAAGUCAGUCUCCAUCUCUGUCUCAGUCUCUGAAUAUACAUUUCUAAGUUCUUGUUGCAUUUCAUGCUAAUGUGCGUCUUUGUACGCAUUGCGAGAGUUUGGGUUUGAGCUCUCAGCUAUUGAAGUUCCACAAGCCAAAACAGUGAUUUUGGGGCUUGGAAGUGUUCAAAGUGUACGAAAGGGCACUGUGUAGAGUGAGGGAAUGCGAUAGAGAUGGACGAAGAAAUGGAGGAUAUGAUUGAGUAUACAUACACAGCAGUUCAAAUUGAUCUCGAUUACGAGUUCGAUGCUGCUCGGCAUUUCGAUUUCAGCCGUGAAGAGUCGCUACCUGAAGCUCGUGGAGCUGAGCUCUGGUUCCAAGCCGCCCCAAGUUAUCCACCUUCUCCUUUCGUGACGAAUUUAAUACCAAGAGAGCAUAUCUUACUGGAAAAUGUUAAUACCUCUCCAAAAACUAAAGAUGUGGAUAAUGCAACGUUACCUUGUAUUGAAUCUGAUAUUGAGCUGAACCCAGAUGUUUCUGUUAUGGAUGUGAACAGCAGAGGGUUGACAUUUUAUAAUCAUGUGAUGAAAGAUAAAGUCAAACCUACUACCACGUUAUUUGUGAAGCAAUCGUUUCCAAGGACCUCAACUUUGAUGAAGCCUACGGCAAGUCAAUUGGCCAAGCAAAAUCGAACUCGUCAAGUAGGUAACUCCAGGUUUCAGAAGGUGGUUGAGAACAAUAAGAAAAGCUCAGACAAUCCUUGCGGGAAUGAGACUCAAGCUGCUAAGAGACAAAAGCUUGAAGGAGGUCAUUUCUGUAAGGUUGCUGAUACAAAGCAUCAAAUUAAUUUGGUACACAAGGCACCUAAAAGGGAUGGACACAUUGAGGAAAAAUCAUUGCAACCUAAGUUAAGACUUACUAUUCCUAGAGAGCCUGACCUUGAAACAGCUCUUAGGGCUCAGAGGAUGAGGCCCAAAAUUAGUGGAGAAGCUGAGCAUGUAAUGUCAGCUGUUCCGAAAUUCAAAGCUCUUCCAUUGAACAAAAAAAUUCUCGCGGCUCCUUCAUUUUUAAUUCCUAAAAGAAUCACUCCGCGAUUGCCUGAGUUUCAAGAAUUCCACCUGAAAACAUCAGAGAGGGCUACACAACAUUCUUCUGCAGUUUCGUCAACUUCGGACAGUCACAAGCAUAUGGAUAAGGCAUUGCAUAAACCAAGUGCUAAUUCAAUUGCCGAAUGUGGAAAUAAAGAAUCCAGGAGAGCAAAUUUGAUGGAUGCUCCAAAGCAGGAGGGGUGUGAAAAAAAUCACUACUUUAAAGCUCGGCCACUUAACAGAAAGAUCUUUUCAAGUAAAGGAGAUAUUGGAGUUUUCAGAAAUCUCAAGCGGGAAACAACGGUGCCAAUGGAGUUUAAUUUCCAGACAGAGAAGAGGGUUCAACAUGAUCCAACAGUAGAACUGUUUAACAAGCUCUCUCUGAAAUCUGAACUCCAACCGAAUGCUGGAUGUCAGUUGAAAUUCUCUCGCCCAACAUGUAUACCUGCAAAGGGUUCAAAAGAGAAUAGAUUGGGUUCCUUCAAUCAAGGACGUCAGGUGAAACAUUUAGAGAAAGAAACACCAUCCAGGUUUGGGGUGAAGAAGAUUCCACAAGGGAAUAAUGGGGAGAUCACUGCUUCUGGUCCUCCAUGUGGCAUGAGCAGGUUCGUGAAAUGAAUUUGACGAUUAUAUGCUUUGAAUAUUUUGGUUGACAUUCUGAAGUCUGUAAGCUUGACCUUACAAUUGCAACAGGGGCUUGGGCAUUCGCUGAGCAUAAAGGAGGGGAAUAUUUCAAACUGUUGCUCACAAUGGUCGCCAUCAGCUUCAACUUUUUGCAGUUUGAUGAAGAUUGCGAAAUCCUUCUCAACGUGGAUAAGUACAUAUCUAUUACUACAAAAGACAUGCUUUGAUCUGCAUACGGAGUCCAUCGACAGAAAAUAAUUCUUUCUGCUCUGGGAUACUGAUUUUCUCACAAAAGUUAUGUUAAACUGUCGAAUAUGUUGGUACACAUGUAAAAACUGUUGAAUCAUCAAUAAAAU